AUGGCGGAGGGCGAAGAGAAGAACGGAAUCAUUGAUUCAAUGCCCCUUUUCGCUAAGGAGCUUAUUGCCGGCGGCGUCACCGGCGGUAUAGCUAAAACCGCCGUUGCUCCACUAGAACGGAUCAAGAUUCUUUUCCAGACAAGAAGGGACGAGUUUAAACGGAUAGGACUAGUUGGAUCCAUCAACAAGAUUGGCAAAACUGAAGGUUUAAUGGGUUUCUAUCGUGGAAAUGGUGCGAGUGUUGCUCGGAUAGUUCCUUACGCAGCUCUUCAUUACAUGGCUUACGAGGAGUACAGGAGAUGGAUCAUCUUUGCUUUCCCAGACACUACUCGUGGACCAUUGCUUGAUCUUGUUGCUGGAUCUUUCGCUGGUGGUACUGCUGUUCUCUUCACUUAUCCUCUUGAUCUUGUCCGGACAAAGCUCGCUUAUCAGGUUGUUGGUUCAACGAAAGCACAAGCAAAAGCUGUUACUAUUCCCUUGGAACAAAUCGUGUACAGAGGAAUCACUGAUUGUUUCUCGAGGACAUAUAGAGAAUCUGGAUUCCGUGGCUUAUAUCGUGGUGUAGCUCCUUCUCUGUAUGGGAUCUUCCCUUACGCUGGUUUGAAGUUUUACUUCUACGAGGAGAUGAAACGCCAUGUCCCUGCAGAACAUAAGAAAGACAUUUCUCUGAAACUCGUAUGUGGAUCAGUUGCUGGAUUGCUUGGUCAGACCUUAACGUACCCUCUAGAUGUUGUCAGGAGACAAAUGCAGGUUGAGAGACUAUACGCAGCCGCUAAGGAAGAAACAGUAAGAAGAGGGACAAUGCAAACACUUGUCAAGAUUGCUAAAGAAGAAGGUUGGAAGCAACUUUUCUCGGGGCUUAGCAUCAAUUACCUUAAGGUUGUACCAUCAGUGGCAAUUGGAUUCACAGUAUAUGAUGUUAUGAAGCUGCACUUAAGAGUCCCUUCACGAGAGGAAACAGAGGCAGAAGAUUUAACAAAACGGAAAAGGAACGCUCUAAGCUAA